CAGGAAGAUGAGGCAGCGCCGGCGGCUGCGGGCGUAGCGGGCCACCGCGGGCCACCGCCGCGCGCCGCCGCCUCUGCUACAGUCCCUUCCCGCGGGGCCUGCUCUGCGAGAAGCUCGAGAGGGGCCAGGCGACGCGAACGCGAGUGGGGAGGAGGAGGAAGGACGCGCGCCCCCGAGCCCUGCGCGUUCCCGCCGCCCACGCGCGACCCUCGGGGACGCGCCCGCCACCCUUUUGUCCCCGGGGUCCCCGAGGGCGGUGGGCAGCAGGGAGCCCCGGUGCACCCGGUGCAUGCCCCCGCCCAGCAGGGCUGUCUCUAGGCCUGGGGAACCCACCCCAGUUCCUACGCCUGCUGCCCUGGCCGGACGAUGAACCAGUCUCAGAGGAUGGCACCCGUGGGCUCCGACAAAGAGCUGAGUGAUCUCCUGGACUUCAGCAUGAUGUUUCCACUCCCUGUGGCCAACGGGAAGGGCCGGCCUGCCUCCCUGGCUGGGACCCAGUUUGCAGGCUCAGGACUUGAGGACCGACCCAGCUCAGGCUCCUGGGGCAACAGUGAUCAGAACAGCUCUUCCUUCGAUCCCAGCCGGACGUACAGCGAAGGCGCCCACUUCAGUGAGUCCCACAGCAGCCUGAGUUCUUCCACCUUCCUGGGACCGGGACUGGGAGGCAAGGGCAGUGAGCGGAGCACCUAUGCCGCCUUCGGGAGAGACACCAGUGUUGGUGCACUGAGUCAGGCUGGCUUCCUGCCAGGAGAGCUGGGCCUCAGCAGCCCCGGGCCACUGUCCCCAUCGGGUGUCAAGAGCAGCUCCCAGUAUUACCCCUCAUACUCCGGCAACCCUCGGCGGAGAGCUGCGGAUGGUGGCUUAGCAGAUACGCAGCCCAAGAAAGUCCGGAAGGUCCCGCCUGGUCUUCCCUCCUCCGUGUAUCCGCCCAGCUCAGGUGACAGCUACGUCAGGGAUGCCGUAGCCUACCCCUCCGCCAAGACCCCCAGCAGCGCGUACCCCUCCCCCUUCUACGUGGCAGACGGCAGCCUGCACCCCUCGGCGGAGCUUUGGAGUCCCCCCGGCCAGGCUGGCUUUGGUCCCAUGUUGGGUGACGGUUCGUCCCCUCUGCCCCUUGCACCGGGCAGCAGCUCUGUGGGCAGCGGUGCCUUUGGGGGCCUCCAGCAGCAGGAACGCAUGAGCUACCAGCUGCAUGGAUCUGAGGUCAACGGCACGCUCCCAGCUGUGUCCAGCUUCUCCGCCGCCUCUGGCACUUACGGUGGAACUUCGGGCCACACGCCGCCUGUGAGCGGGGCUGACAGCCUCAUGGCAGGUGCCCGAGGGACUACAGCCAGCAGCUCAGGGGACGCUCUUGGGAAGGCACUGGCCUCGAUCUACUCCCCAGAUCACUCCAGCAAUAAUUUCUCGCCCAGCCCCUCGACGCCUGUGGGCUCACCCCAGGGCCUGCCAGGGACAUCACAGUGGCCCCGGGCAGGAGCGCCCAGUGCCUUAUCUCCCAGCUACGAUGGGGGUCUCCAUGGCCUGCAGAGCAAGAUGGAGGAUCGCUUGGAUGAGGCCAUCCAUGUCCUUCGCAGCCAUGCCGUGGGCACCGCUAGCGAUCUCCACGGACUUUUGCCUGGCCACGGGGCACUGGCCACGAGCUUCGCAGGCCCCAUGCCACUGGGCGGGCGGCAUGCGGGCCUGGUCAGUGGAAGCCACCCUGAGGAUGGACUCCCCAGUGGUGCCAGCCUUUUGCAUAACCAUGCCAGCCUCCCCAGCCAGCCCAGCUCCCUCCCUGACCUCUCCCAGAGGCCGUCUGACUCUUACAGCGGACUCGGGAGGGCGGGCGCCGCGGCAGGCGCCAGUGAGAUCAAGCAAGAGGAGAAGGCCGACGAGGAGGACGCGUCCGUGGCCGACGCCGCCGAGGAGGACAAGAAGGACCUGAAGGCCCCGCGCACGCGCACCAGCCCAGACGAGGACGAGGACGACCUUCUCCCCCCAGAGCAGAAGGCCGAGCGGGAGAAGGAGCGCCGGGUGGCCAAUAACGCCCGCGAGCGCCUGCGCGUCCGCGACAUCAACGAGGCCUUUAAGGAGCUGGGCCGCAUGUGCCAGCUCCACCUCAGCAGCGAGAAGCCGCAGACCAAACUGCUCAUCCUGCACCAGGCCGUGGCCGUCAUCCUCAGCCUGGAGCAGCAGGUGCGAGAACGCAACCUGAACCCCAAAGCGGCCUGCUUGAAGCGGCGGGAGGAGGAGAAGGUGUCCGGCGUGGUCGGAGAUCCCCAGCUGGCGCUGUCGGCCGCCCACCCUGGCCUGGGUGAGGCCCACAACCCGCCCGGGCACCUGUGAGCCGUCCCGUGGGUCUCCGUGGGACCAGGGACCACUGCACUCUGCCCAGGGUGCACCAGGACGGUCCUGGAUGAGGCGUGGGAGAGGGCUCAGGCUCACCGUGGUGGCGCCGGGGCUCCAGGAUCGCUUCGGGGCCUCGGGGCUCCGGGACAGCCCUGUGUCCUGGCCCCAGUAACCAAGCUGAGGGGAGCUCCCCCCUCGAUUAACCGAAACUGGAAACAAAAGCAGCAUGCUCACUUUUCAGAAAAGAAAAAAGAUGCCUUAACUGUGGAAGAGUCGGGCCGCACCCCGGCGACGGGCGGCCGGGGACUGGCUUCUGGUUCAGAGCCACCAGCACAUCGUGCCUAAGCGUAUUUUUUUUAAGGAGAAUAAAAGAACAUUAGUUAUCAGAUUUUUUUUUUAAUGUAGACAAAACUUAGCGAGAACGAGGCCUUCCGUGUCUUACUGUUAUUUUUUUUAGCUUUCUUUUGAGUAUGUUUUGUAAGCAACAAAUUUUUGUAUAAAAGUCUCCUGUCUGUUGCUGUUUCUAGA